AAGGUGCUUAAGUGAGUAAUUCUGCGUUCUCUUGUAGAUAAUUCGUCAGAUAGGUCAGGUGCAAUUUAGAUUAUUUCCCCUCUCAUUUUCUCUCUCACUCCUCCUUUCUUUGUCCCUCUUUCUGUCACAUCUCUCGUCUCGUCUCUCUCUCCUACUAUGUCGUGCUACAUCUCUCCCUCUCCCUCCGUCUCUCUACCUCUGUGUCUCCCACUCCCACUCCCCCCCAACCCCCCUGUCUCCCCUCUCUCUCUCUCUCUCUCUCUCUCUCUCUCUCUCUCUCUCUCUCUCUCUCUCUCUCUCUCUCUCUCUCUCUCUCUCUCUCUCUCUCUCUCUCUCUCUCUCUCUCUCUCUCUCUCUCUCUCUCUCUCUCUCUCUCUCCAGGGGCGGCGGAACCCUACAGGGCGGCUGCUGGGGGAGCUGUUUGAGAGCUGUGGUGCGGCCUGCUUCCUGGCCCUGCUGGAGGCCCUGUGGGACGGACGCCCGCUGCUGCCCACCCGGGCCCUGCAGGAGGAGCCAGAGACACAGGGGGCGCUCUUGGAGAUCUUCUCCGCCGGCAUCAGCAUACUCUCUGGAGCCAGCGGCGUGAAGGGCCGUAAAGAUGUGGACGGCGAACCCUGGCUCGGGUGCUUCUCUGCUCUGACAACAGAAUCCAGUCAACUGGAGCUGGCCGUUUCAGGACAAAACACAGUGUGUUUGGCGUCGGCCCUGAGGUUCAUUGAGCUGCUGUUCCACUAUGAGCAACACAGCAUGUUCACAACACUGGCACGACACAUGCAGCACGCGCUGCAGGGCAUGGAGGGCCGGUUAUUUAGGAAGGCAGAAUCUGAGCUUUCUUUGCUUGAAGGUUUAGUUUGUCUGCAGUCUGCCCAGAAGACUCGCUCAAAAGAGGAUCACACACCCAAUGACACGUUUGGGGUGGUCCUCAGUGAAGAGUGCUUUGGCAUGUUUGAGGUCUUGCAUCAAUGCGUCUGCAGCUCUGCUCAGGAUGUUUGGCCAGACAGGGAUCUUGUGCUGGCUGCUGUGUUGAAUCUGUGGGCCAGGCUGAAAGCCCUGUUUCAGAGUACUGAGCUCCAGCCCUUGCACUCCAAACACUAUUCUGAACACCCAAAGUUGCUAUGGUGUCUGUGGGCUCUGUAUGAAGUGGCCUCAGCCUGUGACCUGGCCUCCACUGACUGCCUAACCACCGGGGAGCUGACCUUCAGACUGGCACUACUGCUGGAACACACUGCCAAUCACAACAAACAAACCAGUGCCUGCCGUGACGAGGGAGCUGUGGAGCCUUCUGCCCGGUCCAUCCUCAAGAGGCCCAGCGGGGAGCUCCUCCACAUGAUGUGUGAGGUGGCAGAGAGGGGUCUGGAUGCCCUGAGCAGGGGCUGGGCUUCUCUACCCGACCAGGCCGAGUCCAUCGACCAGAAAUCUCCAAGCCCGGAGGAAAGGCAGGGAACCGCCAGUGAAGAAGCAGAAAGGAGAACUAGACUGUGUCUAGAGCGACCCGGUGCGCUGUCCCGGACCGCCUUGGACCUGAACCUGGAGCUCCUCAAAGCCCACCACAGGGCCUCUCUGAAGAGACUGCGGCUCCACCCGGAAGGUGGGUCUGAAGAUGAUCUUCUGGAUCGGAUAAGGAAUAACAAGGUGUCCAGGGCUAUCUUUCUGACUCAGAAAGCCUUGGUGGUGCACGGCGAUAUGGAGCCAAACAGGACUAACAAAACCAAAAGUUUACUGGAGCAAGCCGUGGUCCUGAUAGAGAAGGCUGAGGUGGAGGAGAGGAGGUCGCUCAAACCCAGAAAACCUCCGCCCUCCGCCGGACAGGAGGAGAGCCCAGACGACGGACCUCCACCCGCACCACUCCUUCUGUCCAGCACCAACCACAGCCUGAGCUUCAUGCCGGCGCCCUACCACACCAACCAGCAGGUGUGCUGGUACCAGAUCUGUGGGCAUGCGGCGACCACGAUCGACCUGAGGGUUCGUCUCGGAGACCAUAGCCUUCAAGGCACCGGACAUUUGGUCCCAGUGGUGGGUGGUCAGUGUCAACUGACUGUCGAGGGGCUGGAGCACAACCAGAAGUAUGUGUUUGCAGUGGCGGCCUACGGCAGCCAGGGAGCCCUGUUGGGCAAUGCCAUCGGACAGAGCUCAAGGCCCAUGUUGGCCUCCAUUCCUCUGCCUACGCUCUCCACCUGGGCACUCCUGGCACAGGUGGCGUUUGAGACGGAGCAGUUUGCUGUGGCUAAGAGAGCCUGUGGUGAGCUGUGGAACCACUUCACCCAGUCUGACAGCCCCCAGCAAAGCCCAGAGACCCACAGCAGCACUCAGACCAACCUCUCACCCACUGGGCUCAAUGUGGAGAGGCUAGAACGUUCCUCCCCUCUCCUCCUCCGAUGGUUUCUGUCCUCAGUCUUCAUAGAGACAGACAUCAAUGUCCAGCAGGGGGCUCUCUUCUGUGACUCGCUCAGCGAGAAGGGCCUGCACAUCUGGGCACAGAAUGCCCGACUAGCUGAGUGUGAGCGUUUGCUGCUGGCCGUGGACGUGGGCCGGUGGUGCGGUGACAGCUCUGCAGCCCUGCAGGCGGUGGUGAGCUGCUACGGCCUGCUGGCCCCUCUCAUCUACCAUCAGGUUGUGUGGGAGCCCAUGGUGCAGGUGUUGAUGAAGUGUAUGGCGGUGCUGGAGGAGAACUCAGCUCUUUUUAAAGAGAGGCGUUCUACAGAGACCUCAGAGGCUCUGCUCCUCAUGGUCGCCUGCCUCACUUACUACCUCGCCAGGGCGCUUGGGGUGCUGGAGCGCUCCGAUGCGUCCCAGGUGAUGGAGCGCGGUCAGAAGCUGCUGCAGGGGCUCUACCAGGCUCUGGUGGUCCUGAGCAGGCCCACCGACGGCCCCCGCAUGUCCAGGAAACUCAUUGCUGCAAGCCAUCAAGAGAUGGGUCUUCAACUCAGGGGCCUGAGCAGGUACCAAACAGGAGGAGACCCCAAAAAGAACUCUCAAGGAAAUGGAGCGGGGGUAACGCACACACAGGACCCCAUCGGAUUCCAUCAUCUUGUCCUCAACGGCGACCUCGAGAGUGCACACCUCGACGUGAUGAAGCUGAGGCGGAAGGUGUUUUUCCUGGAGGUGGUGGUUCUGCACCUACAGAGAGCCAUAGCAGCAGACAAGCCUGACCUGGUGGUCCAGUGGGCGACGGACAUCUUCGCCUGUGUAUUAAAGAAUGACAAGAGUAUGGGUCUUUCCACCAAAGGAGUAGAAGCCCCGCCCACUGUAUCCCUGAACCCGCCAGGGAAACACAAGAAACACCAGAAGGAGACAGGCGAGGAGCAGGCGGUGGAGGCGUUAAUCAAGCGCCUCUCGUACGUGAGGCAGAAGAGCCACCAGCGGCUCCAGAGGAGGUGUCUGUUUGAGGAACAGAGGGUGUGGAGGUCCCAGCUCAACCACCUCAUGGCUCAGGCCCACCUGGCCCUGCUGCACAGAGCCCUGGCCCAGCUCCACACACCCGCUGUGCACGAGAGAUACAGCCAGUUCCACCCGUGGGCCUUCUCUCUGGCCCGCUCCGGUGUACUGCUGGCCCCUUCGUCACCUCUUGGUAACCAUAGAGACCAACCUACCUCCGCCAUGUCCAUAGACGGGGACAAAGACGAGGUGGUCAGUGUGGAGGACAGUAAGGACUCAGACGACGAGCAGCUAGACCACCUGGACCCCCCCAUCACGCCUUCUGCUGUCUUGGACUCACUACACAAGGCAGCUCUGUACCUCCGCAGGGCCAUGGUCCUGGCCCACCGGGGGUCCCACUGGGCGUGUCUCCAGUACGCGUGUCGGACGGCCUGGGAGCAGAGCAGCAGCCUGGCUGCUCUGGUGGCCAGGGACCCCAAACCUCCGCCCGCAGCCCCCUGCCCCAUCAGCCUGGACCUGCUGGAGUCCACCUUCACCCCCCUACUGGUGGUGGCCACCGACCUGCUGAUGGACAUGAUGGACACACUAGGGCUCUGGAAGGCGUUGGAGGGAGAGGCGAGCCAGGAGGAUGUGGAGUCCAGCGUGGGCAGCCAGGCGGACGUACGCUGGGUGCAGACUCUGGUGCUGGACACCCUGGGGCUGCUACACGCCCACGCCAAGUGGGAAUCACUGGCCCACUACGCCUUGCUCUUCAGCUGCUUCACGGGGGGGCGCUACACCCUGCAGGUCAGUCCGCUCCUGAUCCACGCCCAGAAGAGACUUCUGGAAAGGGUCGCUGAGUUCAACGGACCCCCUGUUCCCCAACCGCACCACGUCAGGACACAGCGCUACACCGAGACCCCGGUAACUUGGAGGAACUACGCAGACUACCAGCUGCUCAGUGGAUGGCGGCCUGCAUCUCGAUCUAAAUCUAACAGGCCGCACUCCAAGCUGCACUUUCAUGAGGACCACAAGACCAAAGCCGUGUCCAGGGCAAGAGGUUUGGUGCGUGUACCCCUGGAUGUUGAGGACACGCAGGCUGCUUACCGCCUGGCUCUGCAGAACCGACCCCACUCCCUCCACCUCCUCCAGCACAGCCGCACCCUCCUGCAACUCCUUCUGGCUCACACACACUUCACUGCUGGGGUCCAGCGGGGUGAGGGCGGCGGUGGUCAGGGUCCUCCAGGACAGGUGGAGAUCUGUCCUGCGGUCACAGACGGACCUGACCCCCAACCUCAAGACCUGACCUGCCGUGACUUCACCAACCCCAGCCAACUGUACAGCCUGCCCCUCGGCCCCGAGCACACGGACACAGUCAUCGCCGCCUACGCUGCCUCCAUCAAAUGCCUUGAAGCUCAUGGGCCGAGGGUGCAAGCGCUGCAUGACCUGGGAAACCUGCAGCUGUACAGCGGCGACUCGCGGGCGGCUCAUUCGUCCUGGAGCAAGGCGGUAGACUGUGCUCUGCACGGCGUGGGCGUGUUGGAUACGUGGGACGGAGCGUGCUGGGCGGGCGGGCCCCGGUCCCAGCAGGAAACCCAGAGGCUGGCGGGCGUGUGGGGUUGCCUGCAGGCUGCCGUGAUCACAGCCAAGACCGCACAGUACGUCCUGGUCUCACACAUACAACAGAGGACCAUGUGCUGCCUGCUCUCUGCCUACCUUUUCAAAUGUGUGUUGUGUAGCUCUCAGCCUCAUCCCCAGAGGGACCUCCUGUAUGGUUCCUACAGUGUAGGGGACCAGCUGCUUCCUGGGGUGGACCUGUUCUCUGAUCCAAUCAGAGUCCACCCUCCAACCACCGUGGCCAGCCUUCACUUCCUGUGUCAUUGGCUGUACAGCACACGCCACUAUGUCACGCUGCUGCCCGUGCUGGCCCUGUACCUGUACUUUGUGAGGAGCCGGUGCCGAGAUGUCCAGCGCACUUUAGAAGGCACCUUACUGAAGGUGCGUGCUCUGACUGAGCUCAGUAUGUUUGGCCAAGCCAUAAAGGAGGCGGUGGAGCUUUCCCACGGACAGGGAGUGACUCUGCCUUAUGGCCCGAGCAUCAACGCACAGGAGCCGACAAGAAAGUUCCACGACAACAAGCCCCUCACGGAGAACCUUCAGGCAGUGGAGGAGCUGGCAAACUGCCAACUGAGCGAGGAGGUCAGAGGUCGGUGCGGCCCUGGGAUGAGCCAGCGGUUCAGCCUGGCCCGGGUCCAGCUGGUUCUGGCCCUCUGCGAGACCGUACCCGGACUCCCCCUCCCGGGGCCCUUUGCUGAGACUGCUGUGACCACUGAGGAGCCAUCGGUCAGCACAGCAGGGCCCGACCAGGACCCGCUGGACGCUGAGAGCCCCAGCCAGGGGUGGACGGAGCCUGAUGGGCUGGAGCUGGAGCUGAGCUCUGAGGGGGACAGGCUGAGCCUAGGGAGGGUCAAGUACGUUCUGCUGGACUGGGCGCAGAGGGCGCUAGAGUCCAGCGGUGGUCCACUACAAGCCUGUGGGGGUCCCGAGUACUGCAGCUCAGCUCAGCAGGACCUGGAGAUCACCGUAGAGGCCCAUCUGCUGCUGAGCAACAUGCAUCUUCAGCUGGGACAUGCGGCACUCAGUGCGGACAUGGCAGCCAGGUCUCUAGAGAUGCUGCAGACGUCUGCCUCUCUACAGGGGGAAGCACCUGGCCCCUCCCACCUCAACGCCUGGCAGGUCACUGAAGGGUCCCCCCUGACAGUCCCCUCCCCAGCAGACUGCCCCGGAGCAGUGGAGGCCAGGGAGAGACUUGGAGCCCCCCUGUGGCUGCGCUGUCGCCUGGCUCUCCUCCGCGGCCUCGCCGCCCACCUCCCUGGCACCGCCGUCCACCCAGGUCCAGACAGCAGUGAGGAGGCAGCGAGGGUGUUAAAGGAGGGUCUGAACGAGUGUACCUCAUGGGGAGACGCGGACACGCACGCCCUCAUGCUGCUGGUGGCUGCUGCAGCGCACGCAAACAGAGGAGCGCACAAAAGAGAGGCUGACCCCACCGCCAUGCUGCAUGAGGCAGUGCGUCUGCUGUCAGACAGGAAAUGGAUGCCUGCCGCCUCCAGCUUAGCACUAGCUUUAGCCACGAUGCAGCUUGGUGCCCUGAAAGGUACACACAGCACCACCCUUUUGGAGAUGGGACAGAGACUGCUGCAGCAACAGCUGACUGUGUUUGGUGAGAGUGUAGAGGUGAAGAGUGGAGGAGUGAUUCUUCCUCCUCAAGGUCUCAACAACAUCUACCUGCCACAGCUCCCCCUGCUGGCCAAGACAACCAUGCAAAUUGGCAACAUCCUGGCCCUCAGGGCUGCAGAGAGAAGCUCUAACCCUGCUCCCGAGGCCAGCUUGCCGGCAUCCUCCCCUGACACCCAGGGUGGCUUGCCGGAGCCCCUGGCUCCCGUCGGGCCUCCCUGCCAGAGAGAGCUCCCCGCUGGGGUCCACCGCUGGAGAGUGGCCCGGGAGGUGCUGGGCUCUGCCCUGGGCCUCUCCCGGUCCAGCGCCCGCAGAGACAUGCAGCUGGAGGCCCGCCUGCUCCACUGUCGUGGAAUUGUGGAGUGCAGUUUGAGGUCCUUUGGUCUGGUCAAGAGGCAGGAGGUGGCCAGGACGUUCGUACACUGUAUCCAAACUACAAUGACACACAGCCACAAUCUACAGGUUCAUCAUCAGUGUUAUCUGGAGGUUGCGUUCCUCUUCCUACAGGACUGGCAGAACAUGCCUCCAAAGACACCCAGACAAACUCCAAAUAAAGGUUCCCAUUGGAGGAACAUGAUGGCCGGUCUGAAGAGCAGGCUGAUGGUUGCUGAGGAACACCUGCUGCCCUACUGGGUCUGCCUCCGAGCAGCCCACAUGGUGAUGUCCUCCAUGAGGAGCACUGCUCAGCUGGGUGGCUCCACAGCUGAGGAGGACAGGGAGGGAGGAGGAGGAGGAGGAGGAGGAGGAGGAGGAGGAGGAGGAGGAGGAGGAGGAGCACUGUCCAGCCAGGAGCUCAGCACCCUCCCGGGCUUCGCCAGGAAUGACCUGCUCCACUCCUGUGGUGGUGUGUCCCAGUCGGCCAGGGAUGCAGGGACAGAGCGCAGCUUUAAAGAAGACAGGAGCACACACCCUACACUCACCUGGUCCCACCUGGCUCGUUAUUACACACACCUGCUGAACUUGCAGCAUGCGACCUCAAGUAAGUCAGGCCUAGCAUUGUUAGCAGGAGACGUUAGCAUAGCGGCGCGGCUCUCCCAGCUCCAUUCCUUCUACUGUGAACACAGCAGCCGCUACACAGAGACCUGCUGCCCUCCACAGCCUGUCCCCGCACGCAUCAUGCUGCAGGCUCCACUCACACAGCGGAGCAGAGCUUUCAGAGGCCCUAUGCUCCAGGAAGAGGAGGAGGGGGAGGUGUACAAGUGGUCCAUCUCCCCCAGACCUCAGCUCUGUGUGCAGUGGUAUCAGCCCUGCCUCACCCCCAGUCUUGGAGCACAGGACACGGUGAUCCUACUGUAUGGAUUUAACAGUCAUCCCAUUUCUGCCACUGGAGGAUCAGCCAAUGGCGUGUUAGGGUUGCAGUGUGGACACUAUGAGAUCAGAAUGGAUAGGGUGAGAGCGGUGCAUGCUGAGCUGUGUGAGGUGUGUGUGUUGGCUGACAUCAGACUGUCUGCAGCAGAGGACUCUCUCUGCACUUCGAGCAUAGCCCCCCCAAGCCCUGCAGCCGCAGGGGACAAGACCAUGAAGGUCCUGGAAGAGCGGACGCUGGCCUGCUGUCUGUCCAUCCAGGCGCUGCUCCGGCCAGGCCCCAGGCCCACACCUCUGACCCAGGUGCCAUUUGAGGUCUCUCUGGAGAACGUCAGUGAGCUUGAGCGAUGUUUUGAUCCCUUUGGAGGAGCCAUCCUAGAAAGCUCUCUGCUCACUGAAUGGAUCCUGGCUACCCUGAUACCCUGAUCCUGAAGCCCGCCGAGCACAAACACCCUUUGCUUGUUUAAGCUCGAUCUUAUAUGAUGGUUUAUUUUUUUAUUUAUGUAUAUAUAAAUAUAUACAGAAGCAGAAAAUAAAAAAUAUAUACCACACUUUUUCCAA